GGCUCCUCCCCCUUUCAGCUGCCUGCUCCCACAUGUAACGUUAGCAGCAGCCUGCUCUCUCUCUGCCUGUCUGUUGCAUUGUCUCAUUGGGGACGCAGCGUACAGAGCGCAGCGCCAUGGUAACUUCAGAUGACCAGGGAGCUUCUAAGUGAUUUACAGGAAGACGGUAGUGAGUGGAAAAUAAGCCUCGGUUCACAACAGACAUGGCGUGUUGAUUCGCUCUCUGUGUACCCGCGGAUUCAUUAAUUCCAGUCUUGUGCCAGUCAGCAGGGCUGCCUGAAGCUUAAGCUGCAUGGCACGUUAGUGAUGGUGAGGAUUAUAUUGGACUCAUAACUAAACGGCUCUUACAAUGCUAUCGCUCGCCAGCGCAAGUGGAUCUCUACCUGAAGCUGGUCCCUAGUCCGUUCAUUCUUCCAGACCCUCGCAGAGCAACUGAGCGGUGGUCGGCGGUGCGCCCGGUUCCCCCUGCCGGGCAACCAGACUAGGAUGGCCGGCCGCCGCAGCUGCGUGAACUCGCUUUGGUCGGGUUCUGAGCGCGUCCGCAUCGGAGAGCGCCUGAAAGCAACGCUGGCUGGGGUGCUGGAGCUGGAGGUGCUCAGGUGCAAACAUCUGGAGAUGGUGGACCGCGCUCUGGAGGACCAAACCCACGCUUCAGCCAACGCUGAAGAAGAGCCACGGGAGGUGGAGGAGGAGGACGAGGGGGAGGGCAGUGGGACCCCGGAGAGCGGCGCCACGGAUGCCGAGCAUGGCACUGCGACAUCCCGCAGGCAACAGGUCAGUCAGUGCGUCUGUUAGCCCUGAUCUGUACAUGACUAGAGUAUUAAAUAUGGAUGUGGAGAUGAUUGUUAUCCGCCAACAAGCUUGUCCCUCUGCGGCUCAGUUGACAGAUUUUAUCUCUGCCUGGGCGCAUGGCUGUGCCCACAGAUCAACACACAACUGAUUGAGGUGGUGCCAGAGACCAUCCAUGCAUAAAGCCCAUAUCAGUUUACGCAGCAGUGUGUGUGACCCUCACUUGGAGCAAAUGUCAUUGAGGUCAGGGCACCAGGAGCAGCUCCUGCCUGUCUGGCCCUGUGCCCUGCCUCAAGGUUAUGAAGCAGGAUGUGGUGGGAAACAGGCGCUAGGAAUCAGGUGGGGGUCUAAGCAGACAUGCCAGAAACCAGACACUGCUCCAUUUGCUAGCUCUGGUGGGUAAGCUCAUCAACUGUAAAGGUCACUUUGGCACCCAGUUAGCAUUCAAAUCACUCUGAAUACAAUAUGAAGGUGGACUACAUCACCAUCAUUUUGUUCUAGAAACCCUAGAUUUUCCUUCAGCUUCAGAAAGGUGAGGAUGUGUGAUUCUGUGCUUCCUCCUAACACACCCACAUAUAAGGUAACUCAUUUCCCAGCCUUUCCUGAAAUCUAAACAGAGGUCCUUUUUGUGUGGGGAAUGAGAGGAAUGUAGGUUGACAUGUAAUACAAUGGGAGGGGAAGGGAACAGGUCUCAUCCUGAGGCCUGGACACCGAGGUUGGGGGUGGCCCGGUCCGUUAUCACUGAACAUGAACUAGAUUUGAACUUGUGAUGUCAUGAUGAUGUAGAAACUUAGAAAUAGGCACAACUUGAGCUGAGCAUGAGACAGUAAGUGGAUGGAUACUAGUUUUGAUAUACUGGUUGGGCAAGAUAAGAAUUUUGAAUUUUGAAGAUUUCAGCCUUUGAAAGGAGACAUUUUGGGACCUUUGAACCCCCCCACCCCAUCUGUAUAAGCUACACGUUUGAAUGUAUAUGACAGGAUUUCUAUGCAGUAGGGAAAAAGUGGGCAAAGUGAUGAUAUCAAUUAUACUUAGCAGAUUUUUUCAGAUGUAAUCUCUUCACUGCUCACCUUUGUGUAGGGCUGGGUGAUCAAACGAUAACGAUAUAUAUCGAAAAUUAAUUUCCCUUAAUAUCAAUAUAAAACAUGAUCAAUAUCCUUUUCAAUAGUCGGCAUUCUGUCAUGUUUUGGUAGACUAUAGGAAUAGCCAGUGACAAGGGGAGUUGCUCCGGGUCCACUUCGCGUUGAACCAAUCAUGUGCUGAAUUAGAACUAAGUAGCAAACAACUGCGUAGUAGCAGGCUGCAGCUACACACAACCAUAGCACUUUAACACAUGAAACCGACAGCACAGUCGACAGAUGAGGACAUUGUCGACAACACUGGCACGAAAAUUUUAGUGGUGUGGAGGUAUUUUGUUGUUUUUUUUAGGUUGGACAUGAAGCAGAGUAAUGUGCACUGCAAAUUAUGUCGAGUACAUGCUCUCGCAAAGUCGAGGAAUACCUCAAUUCUUUUUCACCACCUGAAGCAGUGCCAUGUGGCAGAGCACGCACAAUGCAAAAGGUUACAAACCCUGAGUGGGGCAAGGAGCCCAUGGUGCCUGUGCAGCAGAAACAGCUGAAACAUUCAGUCUGCUUUCUCUAGCCCAACGCCUUACAACAAAAUGUCGAAGAGACACAAAGAACCUCACAGAUGCAGUAGCUUAUUGUAUUGAAAAAGGUAUGCUACCAAUAAGCACUGUUAAAUUAAUUUUUUAUAUCGUGAUAUAUAUCGAUAUCGACUGAUAUGAAAAAAAAGAUUGUGAUAAACUUUCUCCCAUAUCGCCCAGCCCUACCUUGUUUACUCUGUCGUGUUUGUAUUGUGGAAACAUCAUUUUACUGAUGUAGUGACACAAACUCAAACAGUAAUUUGGGAUGUCCUUAUCAGCUCUUUUGGCCCCCAAUCCCUAUCCAAUCUUUCAUACCUGCCAAUUCCGAGUGUCAGUCACAUACUUGCAUAUUUGCCCAGAUAUUAGAGCUGCCCACUAUUCUUUGCUGCAUGCACACAUCACAUACUGGUGUGCAUGCAAUACUGCACACUAAAAUUUAAAAGUAAAGGGAUCUGUGUGCAGAGAGGCCCAGCAACAACAAGGGAAAAUAAUCAGAGCUCCAAAUGUCUGAUGUAAAACUAACAGCAGUCACAUCAUGUUUUAAAUCGCCCCGUUUGUUGUCGUAAUCUUUACUGUACAGCUCCAGUUAGACAGGGUCUGAAAUGUCAAGUCAGCAGGACAUACUGUGAAUCCAGGAGAAAAAACCUGCACUCUUUACCAGAAAGAUGGACUUGUUGUCUAAAGCCAUGAAUUCAACCACCUAUGUUUUAAUCUGUUGCUCUCUUCAGGUUAUUUAUCCUUCCCCCUUAAAGUGAAGGGUUUGUUGCUUUUUCACAAACGGCCCUUCUUCUUGAAAGGAUUAUACUGCAUUUUGCAGGUGGCUGUUUGACUGGUUCUACUUUCUUGAAAAUAUAUGAACACUGCUGACAUUUUAACCCUGGGGUGGCUGAUGUACAGAUUGUCUUGUGUGUAUUUGAUAUAUGUUUUUACCUUUUGUACGAUAGGCCUCUUUAUACAACUGUACGCUGCCUCAAAUCUGUUAUUUUUGCCGUAAUCUGGCUGGCUGUGCACAGUUGAAUUUAUGCAUUGAAGGAAGUGCCUUGGCUUGAGUUCAUGUUCCUGCUUUGUUAAAUAUUUCCUCAUUAUGUGUAUACAGUUUGGCGAAUCCAGAGCCACUUGUUCUGCACAAGUUGUGUUCAGUGACAGCAGGUGAAAAUGAUGGAGAUUAAACGAUGGUCCCAAAUUGCUGAAGCCCUCAGAUUGGCUCUGAUCCGAACACUAAGAUUGAGACAGCCUUAACAGUGACUAUUACAGAAAGCUGUUCCUCUUCCUGCCUGUACUACCAACCACCCCCUCUUAUCCGAACCAAAUGGUGUGUCUGACAGAGAAACUCUCCUGCUGGGAGGACACGUGUGAAGGGCAGUUCUUAAAAGUAUGAUGGCCUGAAAAUGCUGAAAUAAUGUGGAAAAUAUCUGGAGUUCAUGUGGAAGGGGUUUAUGGACAGCUCUUAUUAUGGAGUGGUUCUCUUUACUGCAGUGAAAUUCUCUGUAAGACUAAAACAGCAAAGUAUCACUGACCGACUCUCUUCGACUUAAUUUUAAGAGGAUUUGCUGCCCAUCUGUUUAUCCAUAUCAAAAAAACAUGUGACAUGACAAGUUCAAAUAAUGGUGAGGGUUUUUGAUUUACUGUAUGAAAAGCAGUCUUUCAGAGAAAGUAACAGAAAUCUCUUCGGGGUCACUUUGUUCAGUCUGUUAUGAUACUAAUGAGUCUUGUUAGUCAUCAGCCUGCAGCACAAGAAUCCAUGUUCUGUCUCAGAGGUCAACUCUCUUUAUGUUGCAGCACUGUAACAAAUUGACAUUAAACAACAUCCCUGAAAGACUCCUCUGAAUAAAAAGAAGCACCCUUAAUAAAAAACAAUCAAAUCUGUUUCUAUCGGUGCAGAGACAGAAAGCCCCGGCCCCAUCUGAGGAAGGGUAUCAGUAUGAAAAUGCAGCUCAUAAUGUUCUGCCUUCCUCGCCAUCACCCACCCACAGACAGCUCCUCUGUUUCCCCCGUGCUGUGGAGAUAUCCCAUGGAGAGGCCGAGCAGCAUUGCUCAUUCUCACCUCUGAAGGGAGCUGACAGUGUAGCAGAGCACGCUGGCACUCUGCCCCCUACCCAGGCUGGCCUCCGCCUACACAAACAGACACACAACAGUUGCAUUAAUGGAGAGAAGUUGAUGUCGGUGUUGUUUAAAGAAGUUAUCACAAUCAUGAAGCAGCUGGAGAGAGAAUCGUUUAUGACCAUAGAAGUGAAAGGUUGUGCUUUCAGCAAAGGUUUCCACCAAAAACACAUUUUAUUCACGGUUCCUAAAUUCAUCACCUACUACCAUAAAGAACACAGGUUUCACUGCCUUGGUUUCACUGCUUUUAAAACAUUUGUAAGCUGAGGAUUACAUGACUCACUACAGAAUGCACUCUGCUUUGACAACAGCUUUAGCUUUUUGUAGGAUUUAAACUCUUGAAAUGUGAUUCACCUUUUCUCUCUCUAAAAACACGGAGAGGGCAGACUUUCUCAAUGUGCAAAUCCAUAUUUGGCCAGUCAGGAUUACACUGUAUCGUAUAGUGUAAACCCUAAUCUAUUAAUGGAAUGUAAAACGGCCCAUUUUUAUAUAAUUUUAAGCCCUGUGAGCAGGUUUCUGAAAAAAAAGGCGUCCUUGAGAAUUUUGGGGGGUAAACAAAACAAUUAACUGUCUGAAUCUGUUUGAAUACGAUAAAUGAUUUAGUUUUAGGGCACAGAAUCUGGUCUUAUCGAUAAAACCCCCUUAAAUAAAAGUCUUCUGUAUGGAUUUCAUAAACCAGAAAACAGUUUUUAGUAUGAUAUUUUCACACUUCCAGAAACUCUUCAGUGCCUUCAGACCAGGUUUCCAGGCAAAGCAGAAGAAGCUGGUGAAUCACUGGUUGUCGCUGCCGUUGCCAUGUUGGUGUUUAAAAAUAAAAUUCCCCUUGCUGAGAAAGUACACAGCGGACAGGAGUGGGAGAGGCAGGGAAUCUGGUGCAAAGCUUACAUUAUUGCACAUACAAUGCAGAGCUGAGGUAUGUUGGUUAUUCUGUUCAUCAGCAACCGUUUUGAUAAUUUUUCAAACAGAAUACCCCAAAUUUAAAAACUAGUCGCUUUCAUCUUCAACCAUCUGCUGUCCUGUGUUCAGUUACCGAGACAGUCUGCCUUGAAAGAGGGUGAGGUUUAGCACAGGAAAGCAUCAUCUUACACAGGGAGCGAUUACUCUGACUUGUGGAGUGAAACAGCUUUUGUGUGUGCUUUUCCCCCCAGGAUCAUUUUGAGUUUACCCCAAAAGAAGUCUGUUAUGUUGAUACCUAAGUGUGCUGUUGAAGAAUUUUACCGAAAUGUUUCUUUUUCUUUUAAAAAAAGAAGCACAACUCUACUUGGAGGUGCAGAAGAAGACACACAGCGUGGGCUGUCUUUAAAUUUCAAUAGCACAUUAAUAAUGCAUGAAACAAUAAACACUGACAGGGCCCUGUUGAACAAGCAAAUACAUCUCACCAUCAACUCGCUCCAUCCCACACUGUUUGACCAAAUUAUUCUGCCCCUACAUGGCAACCGCUGCAAUUUGUCCCAGUAAUGAUAUAAUGCACUUACUAAGAGGAGGUGUGUUGCUUUUGCAGCUCCGAUCUCUGUUGCAUUAUCAUCAGAUCAGCCCAUACAUUUCCUCCAUAUUGCUCCAGAGGGGCAGAACGGCUCCCUCACAUGAAGGGAUAUCAGAUUUCAGAGCUCUAAGCAGACCCCCACCAACUUAUCCGUCAGCCAUCCAUGAUUUGAUCAUGCACUGGUCUCUGUGUAACAUUAUAUCCUGUUAUGUGGAGUGCAUUAGGUUGUUGGGGGAUAAAAUGGAGAGGUUUUUGCUUAGGAGAAUAGAACGGCUGAUGGUUCUUGACUUAAAAUAGACUGAAUGAAAGAAGGGGCAAACUUAUGGUACACACUAGAGCAGGAGUGCAUUUGCAGAGAGGUGGAUUUUGAAGCAGAACAGACAUCAGGCGCACUGAGUCAAAACCAGACUGGUUUGUGUGCAUUCGGACUGAGGAUGAGUUAAAUAUUUCGCCAGGCCUGUCGUGCUGUUGUAGUUGUGUGUGGGAGGAGAGGCGAGUGAGAGUUAGACAGCGAGCAGCUGUAGCUAUGGUGAGUACGGGGCUGGAAGGAUAUUGAAGGAGUGGGAGGAUGGGGGGGAUUAUUUGUCAGGGUGUGGGGGAGGUGGGGGUCCUUCAAGAUGCCCUUCUCUCUCACCCGGCAACCACUCACCCUCUCCCCUCCCUACCUCGCCCCCUCUUCCUUCACUCGCUCGGUGACUCACUCUCAUUUCCCAGUUUCUGUCUAUUUUUUGUCCCUUACACUCGUUUUUGGUCACCCACUCAGCCACGACUCACUUCAAAUUCACUUGAGAGAGGGAAAAACAGGGGCAGGAGUGAGUGGAAGCGGCUAAUCUCACAGAGCUGAGGGGCAGAAAGGAGAUAAGCCUAAUACAGGUCAAAGUCUGUGACUCUUUCUCCCACUUCUUUUCCUUCCUCCCCUCUUUCCACCUCUGUACAACCCCCCACUUCUUCCCUUCUGCCACUCUGGACACUCUUUGUUACGUCAUCUGUCCUCUCCCUUUAUCUCCUCAGCCCCUCCCCUCCUGUCACCCCAGCAGUGAGUCACCUGUAUUGUUCCCUCAAUCACAAGGGGAUUGAUCAGCACCACUCACAGUGUUUCUCUUGUCUGGGCUCGAUCGGUCUAAUGUGAGGCUGCCGUCCUGCAGGGGGGUUAUGGGGGAUUUGGAAGAUAAUUAGAUAAUUGGAGGAGGGGGUUUCUCCUCCAAGACCCUACUAAUCUUGGAAAUGGAGGCCCUUUGCUAACUUGACAGGCUGAUUGUUGUUGUUGUGUGUGGGGCCUCUUUCCUGACUGUUACGGUAAGCGGGGUAAAGUCAUAGGAGCGUAUCUAGUAAAUGAUGCUACCCUGCGUGUGUUUUUGCAUGGGUCUGAUAACUGUCUCUAUUUUUAAAAAUGACAUGCAGUGCUCUCACUGUAAGCAGUGUAGAGUAUCAAAGUUGAAUUUACUGUACACAUUCAGAUUUCACACCAAAUAAAACAGUCAACUGAGUAUAAAGACAGCUGAGACACGUUAUAUCUGUCAAUAUCUUACAAUAAGGCAGUAUCUAGUUAGUCUCCUUCUUCCUGGAAAAACAACUUAACCCCUAAUCUUUUAGUUUUCGCGUCACUAUUGGAUAUCUAAAAGUGUCGUGUAUGGAUCAUAAACUGUGUAUCUACUUUAAAGCUCCUGUAAGGGGCUUUUAGUUUGUUGAUUUUGGUGCCUCUCCUGAACAAAACAGUUCCUCUUAAAGGGAUAUUUCAGCAUAAAAUUAAGUUAGGCUCAAACACACCAUAACACUGAGUUAGACACCCCGUCAAGAGAUUAAUGUUAACUUCUUUAGUUAUUCCAACUUUAGUAAUGGCCGCAGGAUAGCAAUACACAGCAGUCCUAGGAGCCACGCGCUCAACCAAAAAGCCACUCUAUAGCCACAAACAAUGCUCAGUCAGAACAGCACCUAACUUCAUCAACAGUACAUAUAGGGUCCCAGCCAUAGUACUAGCCACCAAACAUCUUUUUAGCUUUGCGAAUUUUUUUAGCAAAGAGACCAAACACAAAUCACCCACUCUCUUCCAGCAGCCACUUGUUUGUACGGAGACCUCAGUUGAGUCCAUUACCGCAGGGGGGUGACGCAGCUCAAGGAAGAACAUGUAUGAUCAUUGCUUUAUUGUUUCCUUGAAGUAAUAAUCAUCAUAUUAAUCAUUUUUCACUGCAGACACAGUAGUUCUUCUGCCUUAGCGUCUUGGUCUGAUUGCAUUUCCAUGAAGAAAUGAUGGUGUAACGGUGUGUUUGACCCUAACUUAAUUUUACGCCGGAAUAUCCCUUUAAGUCUUUAUCAAUUUUUUCCUUUACAUAGUUGUAAUUUCUAAUAAUCCCCCCUAAUUUCUGGUAUGGGCUUCUGUAUUACCAGUAUUUCCCUCAGACUCAAAGCUGUCAGACUAUUCAAACCAAGUUUGAUGAAUCAAUUCCCAGAUGGAGAAACCAGUUGGUUGUCCAGCUGUCUUGGCUGGACACAGGCUUCAGCUUGGCAUGGAUUGAGACACUUCUAUCCUUUCAAAGCAAAACUAUUUCCAUGAGCGUCUAUCAAUUAAAUCUGACGUCAAUUCUGUCACUGUAUGUUCACUCCUUUCUAACAUGAGUCAUACAGGCAGCUACGUUAGCUUGGCUUGUUGUUAUGUGUUCUCAGUGCACAUGGAGUAUUCUGUCCUACAAGGUCUGAUCAUAUCAGUUAAUGUGAUUUUACUCUUAUGCUGUGUUUGCACCAUUUUAUCUUGUCAAUGUUGCUCAUACUCAUAUGUCUUUUCCAGGCCCCCUCUCCGUCAGAUACAGUGGUCUUGCCCUGUCAGAGCAGCCCUGAGGACUGCAGCAGUAAUUCAGGGGACACUACGGUCCACAACUCCUCUUGUAGGGGGAGUAACUCACGCUGGUCCACUCUUUCCUGGGAUGCUCCCUCUGACCUGCUCUCUCCUCCAACACCGGACCCCGGUGGUGCGGUCCAUCUGGACAGUGACUCUCGACCUAGUUCAGGUGAACUUACUCUCAGUGUCUCUUGUUUGGCACUGACCAGAACAAUGACAUCCAUGGUUUGUCACCCUCAGAUAAAGCCAGAGCUCAGCUUGUGUAAGAAAGGUCACAGUAAACAUUAACCAGUCUAUUUUUCUUUCGUUUACUUGCACCGUGACUUGGCACUGACUUGUUCAUUUCUUUACCCUUGUCAACCUGCAGUGUGCAUUGCCAAACUCUUAUCCAGCCUGUUUUCUCUGUCUCUGCACUAUACUCAGACAUUCCUCUCUAGGCCAUGCACCUCUGCACACCUUCAAUUAUGUAAUGCAGCUCCCUGAAACUCAAACAACUAAGCCAUUCAAGUUAUUCGGAAGCUCUAAAAACCUGAAAGAUGUUUGUUUAAUCUUUAAAGUAACUGUAAGACAGUACACCCAGCACAGUAAUAUGUUUAUUCAGGAAUUUAUAUAAAUAAUUAUGUAUUUUUGAAGAUGAUAAAGCUAAGUGUUAAACCUAGAUUCCACUGCUGUGAUUAACAACUGUUGUCAAGGAAACUGUGUCGUUCCUCAGGCUAGACAAGACAGUACAAAGAGGAUGCGAAACACAAGUUUGAACACUGGAGGUUGUGCUUCAUUUUUAUAAUUUUGUGAUAUAUUUGAGCAGCAUAUCAACAAUGACGUAAAACAAAAACUUCAACCUGAGAUCAAGGCUGCUGUCAGCUGUAUUGUCUUUUCAAAAUAAUGAUCCCAAGUAUUGAGGGAAAAAUCUUCAAUGUUUUUAUUUUGAAGCAAAAGUCAGAUGUUCAUGUUGGAUUUCUCUCGGUCUUGUCAAGGUUUCUACUCGGUGAGUGGGAGCUCUCUAUCCGACUCUUGCUACUCGGUAUCCAGUGAUGCUGCUCAAGGAGGACCAGUGCCAGUGGCCAGACCUGUGAAGCUAUGGGAGCAUGCUCCUCUGACUGCUGACAACACUGACACCAUGUGGUCAGAAGGGGCAGUGCAGCAGCAACAGCAGCAGCAGCAGCAGCAGCAGCCUGCACUGCAGAACAGCAAGGAAGAUGCACUACCAGAGGGUACAACAGUUUCAGGUGAGUUGAUUCAGUCAGUGAAGUCAUGUCCUGUUUUUUUCACCCAUAGAACCAUAAAGUUGUCAACUGUUACUCUUCUUCUCUUUUACAGUCCAAAGUGACCUUGACAAAACUGGCCUCAGCUUCCUAUCAGACCUCUGCUCAGAACUUGGUGAUGCCCUGAUUACUUCUCUUCUUCAACUUCUUGACCCCGCCUCCCCGUCUAAUGCCACUCCCUGCAAUCUUAAACCCCAGUUGGACCCUCGCUUUUGCACAGAUCUGGUUUCCCGUCGCACCAAAGAGGUGUACCCUUAUCCCAGCCCACUACAUGCUGUUGCUCUCCAGAGCCCCCUCUUCACCUCCCAGAGCCAAGAGCAGUCACCAUCUCAAAGCCCUGAAGGACCCCAACUAGAUGACCAGGAAGAAUCCAGCACUGACACAACUCUGCCUGUCCAUCAUCACAAGACCCCCUCUUCACCUUCUUUCACCCAUCUAGAGCAAUACAUCUCUCGACUGGCUCAUCAGUACCACAGUCGGGUAACCUCCUCCACCCCAGAUCUUGCUUCAGUUGCAGCAGCUGGCUCUGUCCCCAGCAGAGGCCUUUGUACCCCAGGCAAAAGUCAUGGUUCCACCCAGUCCCUCUCGGCCUUUGAAAGCCGGAACACACUCACCAUCACUCCCUGCAAAUCUCUGCUCGGAAACUCAGCGAGAGUCAGUCUCAGCACGACUGGGAAAAAAGCCACGAGGAAUUCAAUCAACCUAGGCAACCUACCUUCAGCAACUGGAGAGGACUUGAACAUAAACCUGCAUCUCAAUCUGAACUUGAACCUGGCUCCUAGCUUGACUUCAAGCCAGGGACUGGUGGAUGGUUCAAAAAGUGGCAGUUGUGGAGCUCUGAGGAGUGACUUUGCUGCUGCCUCCACAACUUCUGCUACAUCACUUUCCUCUGCCACACCCACCCCAGCACUUAGAGCUCGGCCUCGCAUUUCAACAUGCCCUAGCAGCUUGAGCCAUCGCAGCUCCCUGGAGGUACCUUCCAGUUCUGGACCUAAUCCUGCAUUUGGGUCCUCCUCCUUCUGCCGCUCAUUAGACUGGAGCAGCGGUGCUCUGCCUGAGACUGGACCGUCAGUGUUUGGUACAAACUCUGGAUCAGCUCCUGGGUCCCAGCGCAGCAGCUUGAUCCAAGACCACAGUUCUAGUCCUAAGGUUAGCGAAGAUUCCCCCAUGGUAGAGGAGAUUUCCCGCCUCUCUGGACUUUCAAGGGCUGUUGUGGUUGGACUAAUGGAGCAAGGCGUAGAGCUGGAUAUUGACUGCUUCCAAACAGAUGCUGCAGGCGAGGUGAGGGGUCACAGUAAAACUCACCUUACUCCCCAGUCAGAUCAGUCACAUGACUAUGCCAGACUCACUGACUUGAAUCCUCAGAGGCCAAUUCAGCUGUCUCUCAGUGUCACCCAUUCGCCACAGUCUCAGUCCAGCCUUACUCCCCCCCUGUCUCUCUCAAGCAGCCCCAUACAUCCUUAUCAGUCCAUCCAUGUUCCUUCUCCUCAUUACUCUUCACAUUACCACCACCACCAGCAGAUCCCUUCCCCAUCUGACCUUCCCUCUUCAACAGCCUCCUCCCCUGCCUCCCGCUCUACUCCAAGGGGUCGCUCCCCUCCCCGACCCCUCCAGCCAUCCCCUCUGGGUGCCACUCCGCUAUCUGUUUUCCGCAGGGACGCGCCCUUCCAGUGCUCCCUGCCUCGUACCAACACGAGGAGCUCUCCUGUUGAGCAUGGGGGUAUCAAACACAGAGGUGGAUCACUACGGCAGAGUGCGGGAGGGAGUGCAGGUGGUGGUGGGUGGAAGAGGGUGGAAGGGGAGGGACUUUAUAAGGGAAAGCAUGCCUCUCACAGGUUGGUCAGGGCAGCAACAGUCAGCAGCUAUGCCAAAAGAGAGGACUACCACUCUGUUUGGGGUGAGGAGCAAGAGACAGAUUUACCAGCGGCCCAGACGCCCAGGAAGACCUCCACCAAACUCCUGAGGAGCUUUGAGGGACGCCUGUGGGGUAAAGAGUCUGAAAACGAAAGGGAGGAGAUGGAUAGAGCUGAGUAUGGCUACGGAUGGAGGAGGAACAGUGUUGGAAGCUGGAGGAAGGAGCAUAGAAAGACGAAGGCUUCAUCCAGCAAUUAUGACAAGAGGCCAAAAGUAGACAACUCCCCCAUCUUCUCAAAGAAGAGAGGGAAGGAAGACGGGGACAGACGCAGCUCCAGUCUCAGGCUCUCCAGGAGGGCUUUGUUUAGAAGCGAGUCCCAAGGCUUGUUGAUGCCUCGUAACCAAAGUGAGGAGUCCACGAAGAGGGCACACUGGGUCUCCUCAUUAGACGUUGGGCAAGGUGGCAUGUACAUCAGCAAAGGCGAAGGGGUGAGACUGCUGAGAGCAAAAGAGGGAGACAAACACCUCUCCUCCACUGCCAGUCUCUUUAACCUGUCCCGUUCUCAGAGCCUCGAGGGUAGUUGCCAUUCCAUCUCCCCUCUCUCCUCCCCUUCUUUUUCUCCAUCCCCUCCGAGGAUGCCCCUCCAGCGCUCUCGAUCUCUUAGAGACUUGGGGAGGAGAGUCUUUGGCUCAAUGAGAUCCCUCAGUCUCAAGCGGAAGCCAUCUAAGAAGUGACUCUUGUACAAUAAAUAAACAUGACAGUAAAUGCGUUUUCAGUGUUACCUUCAAACCACCGAUCAUGAUGAUGGUAUUGUAUUUCAUGUAAUAGAAGUGCUAUCACUGCAAAACUUCAAGCUUCCAAGACGAAUGAUUGAUCGAAUUUUACGGCUUUUCUUUUAAUGGACAGUAUGUUUGUCAACCAUCGAUUAAGCCUUAUACACUGACUUUGUUCUGGGCUUGAGGCAUUCACUCUGCUUAUUUCUUUGUACAUUAUAAAAUCAUGGAUAUUUUUGUAGCCCUGCAAUCCUGUCAAAUUUCUCCUAACUUGACCUGCAGCUUAAUCUGGGUGCUUUGUAGCCAAUCAAGUGCACUGCCUCAAUAUCUUCCUUAAUGGCAAUGUCUCCUUUUGAAGUUUGCAGCCUACAGUAGCACCAAGAGCACUGUAGGAUGUUGAAUUGCAUCUUUUGGCAGUUUCUUUUGGAGGUUGCACUAUUUAUUUUCUCAAAACAUUCUCAAAAAGUAAAUGUUAAUGAGUAUCUGCAGAUUUUACAGCAAGGGUGCUGUUUCAAAGGAUUUGACAUCUUGGUGGGAACAUCCUUUUAGGAUCGUUUUGAUUGUUUCAACUAGUUAUUGACUACAAGUAAUAAGCAGCUUAACUACAUUUUGGUUAAAUCCUCCUGUAACAUUACAUAUGAAUGUGGAUUUCUGCGCUUCUCUCCUGCAUGCUGCUCUGUAACUUGUAAGGUGAUAAUAGCUAUUGUGAGAAUGUGAUAUACCUGUUUGUUUCUUGGCAAUAUUGCCUCUGAAGUACAAUCAUAUUGGCCAGAUCAUGACCAAAACAAAGCAAAUACUCUUUAACUUGAUAUAGUGCUCAGGAUUUUCAAAUAAAUAUUGAAUGACUAAAAUACUGAUGAUUGUUUGAGACAAGAUGUGGCUUUUCAUGGCUGAUAACUAUUAAAACAUAUGUGUAACUCAA